AUGUUCAAGAAAGCUGUCAAUGACCACACGGGAGGGACAACCUCCAAGCCCCUUCAAUCCACUCUCCAAUGUACCAAUUCAACCGUUUCAUCAAUACCUCCCCCUCCUCCCCAAUCAGCGGGUGUCAAACGAAAAAUCGAGAUGACCAAUGGUGGAGGGUCGACUCUCGGCUCUCUCCACAGCACCGUUUAUUUUGACGAAAACGAUUUCGACGAUGACUUGGAUCUAGAUGAUCUCGACGAUCCGCUUCCGUUUCCUGCGCCGAUAACAACAUCUUCAAGGCCAGGCCCUGUCACUUAUCCCAAAAUCCAGUCGGCACCAACCGUAGACAGCAAAGCACUGCCAGAUGUCACAUACCCCGAGCUACCACCCGCAUCCCAGGACCAUGCCCCACCAUCGAGUAGUGUCCAGAUUCCAUGGUCAUCCUCACCCCCAUCACAUUUCCAACCGCCUUCCAAGGUGCGCCCUUUGCCGUGGCUACAAGGCAGAAAGGAGCCAAGCAACGAUAAUAAGAACAGUCUCAUCACCCCUAAGCGUACGAAGCCUACAGAUAUUUGGAACAAGAGUGCCAGCGCCAUCAAGGAGGAGCAGAAGGAGUUAAGACGGGAAUAUAAGAAAACCCAAAAAGAAACAACGCAAGAUUUGGCAUCUCAGAACUCGUCAAGCAACAACAAGUCUCUCUCUAUUUUCCUCAGCGACGAACAAAAUUCCGUGCUUGAGGCCGUUGUUGAGCGCGGCAAAAGUAUCUUCUUCACCGGCUCGGCAGGUACUGGAAAAUCGGUACUUAUGAGAGAAAUCAUCAAGAAGCUGCGUCAAAAAUACAAAAGAGAACCGGAUCGUGUUGCGGUGACCGCCUCGACUGGACUCGCUGCCUGUAACAUCGGGGGUGUCACAGUUCACAGUUUUGCUGGUAUUGGACUGGGAAAAGAGCCUGUACCAGAAUUGGUCAAAAAGAUCAAGAAACAACAGAAGGCACGGAAUCGCUGGCUGCGCACAAAGGUCCUCAUUAUCGAUGAGGUGUCAAUGGUUGAUGGUGACCUGUUCGAUAAGCUCGAAGAAAUUGCCCGACUCAUCCGAAACAAUGGUCGUCCAUUUGGAGGGAUCCAGCUGGUGGUAACUGGUGAUUUCUUUCAACUGCCUCCGGUGCCAGAGAAAGGCCAAGAUGCAAAGUUCUCCUUUGCUGCGGCAACCUGGAAUACAACCAUCCAGCAUACUAUUCUUCUAACUCAUGUCUUCCGUCAACGCGAUCCGGAGUUUGCGGCGAUGCUGAAUGAAAUGCGACUGGGUAAAAUCAGCCCUGCGACAAUUGAUGCUUUCCGAAAACUCUCCCGGCCUCUCAACUUUCAUGAUGAGCUUGACGCGACUGAAUUAUUCCCCACUCGCCAAGAAGUCGAGAAUGCCAAUUCUGCGCGCAUGGCCAGGCUGUCUGGUGAAAUGAUGACAUUCACCUGCGUUGACAGUGGGACUAUUAAAGAGCCAGCAUGGCGCGACAAGUUGUUGGCUAAUUGCAUGGCUCCGCCAGUCAUCAAUCUCAAAAAGGGCGCUCAAGUCAUGUUGAUCAAGAACAUGGAAGAUACCCUGGUGAACGGAUCUAUUGGCCGAGUAGUAGCCUUCAUGGAUGAGGCAAGCUUCGACUACUACCGUACCAAUGAGGACGAAUUCCAUCCCGGUGGGGACACUAUUGGCGACGAAGAAGAUAGUGCCGCUCGUGCACGAAAAAAGCUCAAGGCCAUGGCCCACAAGGAAGGUGGCCCAGCCGCAAUCACGCGAAAAUGGCCUCUAGUGUGUUUUUCCCAACCCGAUGGCACAGAAAGGCACCUGUUGUGCCAGCCCGAGGCAUGGAAAAUCGAACUUCCCAACGGUGAAGUGCAAGCUCAACGUCAGCAAGUGCCCUUGAUUCUGGCGUGGGCUCUCUCCAUUCACAAGGCUCAAGGUCAGACGCUACAGCGAGUUAAAGUUGACCUAGGCCGGGUCUUUGAAAAAGGACAGGCUUAUGUAGCUCUGAGUCGAGCAACUUCUCAGGCCGGUUUACAGGUCACUCGUUUUGAUCCACGCAAAGUAAUGGUCCACCACAAAGUGGUCGAAUUUUACGAUAACCUUGUUUCGAUUUCCUCGGUGCUCGGGCCGAAGGCUAAGAAGACCAAAUCUUCGAAACCCGCCGAGGAGUUCGAUGAUGACUGUUUUGAGGUAUAA